CUUCCUGCCUCGGUAUAUAUAGUCUGUGUGACUAUCACAGUUCUCCUGGCAGCCAUCAUGAAGGGUACAGUCUUGAUCUGCUGUUUCCUCUCCCUGCUGCGUUUGCAGGCCACAGCAGAUGAAGAAGAAGAAGAAGAAAUCAUCUCCGUCCUCAGGGACAGAUCUCACAUCGACGAGACGCUGCGGCUCGCAACUGAGGAAAAAUCCGGAGACUAUGCAGCGGCUCUACAGAAGUUGCGGAAGAUCUACCACUCAUCCAUCAAGCCGAUGGAGCAGGCCUACAAGUACAACGAGCUGAGGCAGCACGAGAUCUCAGCCUACCCCGGACGAACCCUGGGGGACUCAUCCACAGAUGGAGAGAUUACCUCCAAGCCCAUGGUGCUGUUCCUGGGACCCUGGAGUGUAGGAAAGUCCUCCAUGAUCAAUUACCUCCUGGGCAUGCACGACAGCCCCUAUCAGCUCUACACAGGAGCUGAGCCUACUACCUCUGAGUUCACUGUAAUUAUGCACGGGGAGAAGAUCCGCUCUGUGGAGGGUAUCGUCAUGGCAGCAGACAGCUCUCGGUCCUUCUCUCCCUUAGAGAAGUUUGGCCAAAACUUCCUGGAGAAGCUGAUCGGUAUUGAGAUGCCCCACAAGAUGCUGGAACGUGUGACUUUUGUGGACACACCGGGAAUCAUUGAGAACCGGAAGCAGCAGGAGAGAGGCUAUCCCUUCAAUGAUGUUUGCCAGUGGUUCAUUGACCGUGCUGACCUGAUCUUCGUGGUGUUUGACCCCACCAAGCUGGAUGUUGGCCUGGAGCUGGAGAUGCUCUUCCGGCAGUUGAAGGGUCGCGAAUCCCAGAUCCGCAUCAUCCUAAACAAGGCUGACAACCUGGCCACCCAGGACUUAAUGAGAGUCUACGGAGCGCUCUUCUGGAGCUUGGCUCCCCUCAUCAACGUGACCGAACCCCCCCGCGUCUACGUCAGCUCCUUCUGGCCAUACGACUACGCACCCGACACCAGCCGUGAGCUCUUCAAGCGAGAGGAGAUCUCCCUCCUGGAAGAUCUGAACCAGGUGAUUGAAAACCGCAUGGAGAACAAAAUCGCCUUCAUCCGUCAGCACGGCAUCCGCGUGCGCAUCCACGGCCUGCUGGUCGACCGCUACGUCCAGACCUUUAAAGAGAAGAUGAGCUUCUUCAGCGACCCUGAACUGGUCUUCAAGGAGAUUGUGGACGACCCGGACAAGUUCUAUAUUUUCAAAUCCAUCCUGGCAAAGACCAACGUCAGCAAGUUCGACCUGCCCAACCGCGAUGCUUACCGCGACUUCUUUGGCGUCAACCCGAUCACCAACUUCAAGCCCCUGACGGCUCAGUGCUCCUACAUGGGAGGCUGUCUGCUGGAUAAGAUUGAGAGGGCGAUCACCAAUGAGCUGCCCGCACUCCUGAGCAGCAUUAACUCCGGCAAGCAGCCUGGCCUGUCCUCCUGCGAGGUUACUGGCUGUGGUGAGAAGCCAAAGAAUCGCUACCGAAAGAACUGAGGAAAACAAAAAUAACUUGAGUGGGGGAAGUAAGAAGAGAGAAGGGGUCUGGUGGAAGCCAACCCUGCUUUUGUCAGAACGCCUGUAUUGUUGAGGAGACAGAGGAGAGGAGAUUUGUUUUUUUUCCCUAGGUGAAUAUGGGGAGAUGCAUUUAGGGACUGUGGGAAUGAGGAAGAUAGAGGGAGGGAAGGGUCAUUGUUUGAUAAGGCAGCUUAAGGACACAAGUGCUGAAGAAAUGAGAGGUUUGUUAAAAUACACGCUCUCCUCUCUCCCUUGCACAAUCACAGUGGACUGUCUGGGAUUUUGGGGUUUGGGGGAAGUAACGAUGUGAAGAAACACAGAAAUUGAAAAAUAAAAAUUGAAAAAUCCUGAGACUGAAAUCAGUCAAAUACCAGCUCCCUUGUAUGUGAAUAAAAUGGGAAAGUGGAAACAGGAGUUGCAAAUUUGUGUUGUAAAAUCUUGAGAAUUGCAUUGCAGAAAGUCAAUUCCAUAAGCUUCAGAAGCUGAUUUUGAAGAAGCCUUUUUGUGGGUGCUAUACAAAGCCUUUGUGUUUGUCAUCCAAACCUUUUGCUUUUGACAUAGAUUAUCAUUAACGUUGCAUGUUAGAUCUUAUUUUAACAGAUGCAUGCAUUUCCCGCUAACUAUAACUAUUUCCUCGUGUAACUGAAACCUGAACCAACCCUGCCGUGCGACAAAUAAUUUUUUUCUUUUUAUACGCUCAUCGGUCCGGGUUGUUGACAACCUGUGAAAUGAGCACUGUGAUGGAAGCAGAGGUCAGGGUUCAAGGGUCAGAGUCUUCACAGCGGGGUGGGUAAUGUUCAUUCUGCUUCACUUCUUAACUGUUCUUACUGUUUCUGUUUGCGUCUAUAAAUUUGCCAGUCUUUGGCAGAAAUUCAA